AUGUCACACGCCCAGGUGGAGAUCCCCGGAUGCGGCUUCCCGGGCCUGCAGCCGCACGGCUUGGGCGCGCGCCGCAACUCGUACGGCCUACACCAGAUCAGUGUUGACGUCGACUCGCCUCUCUUCAGCGGCGCCCUCUCCAAAGCGCUCUCCUGGUCGGCUGAAAACAUACUCAGCCUGCCCGAGUCCAGAGCCGAAGAGGAGGAGGACGAAGAAAAACCCCGGGAUGACACUCCCUCGGGCAGCCCGCUGCCGGAUGUCGCCGGCUCCCCUUGCGAGUCGGACGGCGAACCGACGCAGGGUAGAGGACAACGUUUACCGCCCCGUGUGAACUUUGACACACGAUGGGAGGAGGAGAAGGAGGAUGUGGAGACUAAAGCGGUGGCGACGUCGCCUGACGGACGCUACCUUAAGUUCAACAUCGAGAUCGGGAGAGGUUCCUUCAAAACUGUCUACAAAGGCCUCGACACGGAGACCACAGUGGAGGUGGCCUGGUGUGAGCUUCAGACUCGAAAGCUAACCAAGGCGGAACGUCAACGCUUCAGUGAGGAAGUAGAGAUGCUAAAGUGCCUCCAGCACCCCAACAUUGUGCGCUUCCACGACUCGUGGAAGUCGACGGUGAAAGGACACAAGUGCAUCAUCCUGGUGACGGAGCUAAUGACAUCUGGCACGCUGAAGACUUAUCUGAAAAGAUUCAAGGAGAUGAAGCUAAAGCUGUUGCAACGCUGGAGCCGUCAGAUCUUGAAGGGGCUUCACUUCCUGCACACACGCACACCACCCAUCAUCCACCGAGAUCUCAAGUGCGACAACAUCUUCAUCACCGGGCCCACUGGCUCUGUCAAGAUUGGUGACCUUGGACUCGCCACGCUCAAGAGGGCCUCCUUUGCAAAAAGUGUCAUUGGAACACCAGAGUUUAUGGCUCCUGAAAUGUAUGAGGAAAAGUACGACGAGGCGGUUGACGUCUACGCCUUCGGAAUGUGCAUCCUUGAGAUGGCUACCUCAGAGUAUCCCUACUCAGAAUGUCAAAACGCUGCACAGAUCUAUCGCAAAGUCACUAGUGGCAUCAAACCAGACAGCUUCUACAACGUGAAAGUGCCGGAGCUCAAAGAGAUCAUCGAAGGCUGCAUUCGCAUGAACAAUGACGAAAGGUACACCAUCCAGGACCUGCUGGAGCACCCCUUCUUCCAGGAGAACCACGGCGUGCACGUGGAGCUAGCCGAGGAGGACGACACGCUCAAAUCGGGCCUGAAGCUGUGGCUGCGCAUGGACCACACGAAGAAGCUCCAUGGAAAAUACAAGGACAACAACGCUAUCGAGUUCCUCUUCGAGCUUUAUAAGGACGUACCCGAGGAGGUCGCGCAGGAAAUGGUCGUGCUGGGCUUCGUGUGUGAGGCCGACUUCAAGCUGGUGGCCAAGGCCAUCCGGGACCGGGUGACGGCCAUCAAACGCCAGCGGGAGAAACUCAAGCGGCAGUCGGAGGAGCAACGGCCACGUUCCUCCUCCCCGCAAGUUAGCGAGGUCAUGGCCGCGGAGUCCCCCGCGCCACCGCCACCCGUGCCGUCCCCCGUCACCAGCUCGGCCGACUCCGGCGUAGGCUCCGGCUGCCCCGCAGAACCGGAGGAGCCCGAGGCCGACCAGCACUUUCACAUCCGUCACAACAGCCUCUCCUCGGCUAAUUCUGACUGCGAGACGGACGGCGACCUAAGCUCUUCGGGUCUCCAGGACCCCCUAGAAGCCACGCCACCCACCUCAUAUGCUAACUCCCCGACCACUAAUGGCCUUCCUAUCCCCGCCCUUCGCUUCCCCUCGAGCAUUGCUGUAUCCAACAACACUGAGUCUGUAAAUCCAGGAUCUCCGAAUGGCUUCCACUCUCCAGGGGACAGCUACGCCUCCGAUGUGACUUCUGGCCUGAGCGACGGCUACGAGGGCGUGUCAGAGAAGAGCGAGAAAACGGUCGCCAGGCGAACCACCGCCAAGCUUUUCAGGAGACGUGUACGCUCAAGGCUUCGCAUCACCGGGUUGUCCGACAAGGUGGACCGAGUGGUGGAAUGUCAGCUCCAGACGCACAACGACAAGAUGGUGACGUUCAAGUUUGACCUGGAUGGUGACAACCCGGAUGACAUCGCCGCCGUCAUGGUGCACAACGAGUUCAUCUUGCCGUCGGAGAAGGAAGGCUUCAUCUACCGCAUGGGCGACAUCAUCAAGCGGGCAGAGGCGCUCAUGGCCAAAGAGCAGCCAGUGCACCCCAGCGGGCAGCGCCCCCCGCAACCUGCCUUCCAAAGUGCAGCUAACCCGCUGUCUUCCUCGCAGCCGGAUCUGCACAGUCAGAGCCUCCCACGAACUCACUUCUCUUCCUCCCUACCCGACUUUGCUGUGGCCAACUCGGGUGAAGAGCCACGUGGAUCGCCCCCGUGCGACAAUGGCGUCGUCUUCGCCCCAGACACAACGUUACCUGGGCGACCGCUUGUCCGUUCACAGUCAUUCCAUAAUGCACCUGGUUCUCCUCUUGCUUAUCACCACACCGCGUCUCUUCUGCCCCACUACCACGUGCCUUACAUGGGCAACUUCCCGUUCCAUUACGCCACACGGCCAGUUUCUCCCAAACUUGGAGCUGCGUCAGUGGGUGGCCUCCAUCCCCCGCUCACCCGCGUGUCCAGUAGCCCCACCUUUGGCUCUGUUCCUUCCCCAGUGCCGCCGGGCUCCCCAAACCUCCUUAAAGACAGCGAGAGCCCACCCGGGCCGCCGCCCACACCCCAGCACCCUGGCAUGUGGCCCCCGCACAGUCAACCCCUGUUCUCUCUGGCGAAUGUCAUCUCCAUGGCCAUGAGCAUGGCGCAGUCAUUCAUCCCGCCCACCCAACAGGGGAUGCCCUCCUACGGGGGCUUCCACCCACAUACAGCGUACCCGUACCCCCCACAAUAUCAGACCCCCACUCUGGAGGUGCCAUACCCAGCAAAUGUUUGUCCCAGCUCUGGAACAACUCCUCCGACGGAGGGAUUCCCUCAAGGUUGGCAGGACACCUCCCCAGCUAGCCCACCACAAACUCCACUGCAGCAGACCGGAGCCUCCGCAUCGCCGAGUCUCCCAUUGGAGGAUCUUGAACCCUUCCCGGGCAAGAUUCCGGUCUUAUCUAAAGUGUCCUGUUCCACUUCGUCGUCAGAUUUGUCACCAUCAUCAACAGACAGUCCAGAGAGUACUUUAUCUUCCAUCAGUACUCUGUCUGAACUGAACGCCGGAAGCCCGUCAAACCAAAAAGUGACGCCUUCGACCCCCCCAGGAUGUCUGUCCACUCCGGUGACGGUGGGGCGUUUCCAGGUGUCGCCCAGCCCCGAAGUGGGUGUGGCUCCUCUGCCACAAGUGGGUGCGAGUAGUACCCAAGAGGUGCAGGGCGAGUCAGAGAUUAUCCUGGGGACUUCCGUCACAUUGAGGGAGGAGGAAGAAGAGGAGGAGGUGGCAGAGGAGCGACCGAGGGCGAGGAGACGAGGGCGUCGGCGGGCGCACAGCCUCAGUUUAAUGGGCACGUCCGCGGACAGCGGGUUAUCAGUGACUGUGCCAGAGGCGGAAGGCCGGCUGUGGGAAGGCGCCGCCGGAAGCCCGCAGUACGGCAACGCCCUUCACCACUUGUGGACCAUGACCUACAGCCACAGUGCGUCCUACAUGAGUAGCGACGACUCGGACAGCGACGAUGACGACGACAUGCUGGACGAGCUCCAGGAACUCCGAGAGAAGCAUCUGUUGGAGGUUCAGGAGCUGCAGGCGGCACAGAAGCAAGAGAUCGAGGAUCUUUACGGCAAGAUGGGCAAGGUCCCGCCGCCUGGCAUCGUCUCACCGGCCGCCAUGUUGUCCAACCGCCAACGCCGCCUGUCCAAAGGUGCGGGGGUCCCGCCGUCGCGCCGCAACAGCCUCCAGCGUUUGGACUUACUACCCAUCCAAGGUAUUAUUAGAAGAAACUCUCUUGGCGGAAGCAGCAGUAGCUCCCAGGACAAGCCCAGCAAAGGCGUCACCUUCGCCUCAGACAUCAGUAGAAUGCCAUCUUGA